CGGCAACGACUACAAACGCGAAGCCAUGAGCAACUCCUCGAGCUCCGGCUGAAGGAGAGUCAAACUGCAGGAGAUUUCAUUUUAUUUUAUUUCACCCUCCACCAACUGCACCAUGUCAAUAAAGGGCAAGGAGGCGGCUUAGGCAAGACAUAAAGCGGUCAUUACAGGCUGUUUCCUGCUACAAGCGCAGUUGUUUUCACAGCAUAAGCCAAGAAGAAGGAGAAGAAGUUCCAGAAUGAACCUGACGGAAGUGGAAGAGCACAUCACAGUGAAGUAUGAAAUCAAGAGGAGACUCGGGAAAGGGGCAUAUGGAAUUGUAUGGAAAGCAGUGGACAGGAAGACCGGCGAGACAGUGGCUGUGAAAAAAAUCUUUGAUGCCUUUAGAAAUAGAACAGAUGCUCAGAGAACAUUCAGAGAAAUCAUGUUUCUUCAGGAGUUUGGGGAUCAUCCCAAUAUCAUCAAGCUGCUCAACGUCAUCCGAGCCCAGAACGAUAAAGAUAUUUACUUGGUGUUUGAGUACAUGGAUACCGACCUGUAUGCUGUUAUUAAGAAAGGCAACCUUUUAAAGGACAUUCAUAAGCGCUAUAUCAUGUACCAGCUUCUCAAAGCCACCAAAUACUUACACUCAGGGAAUGUUAUCCACAGGGACCAGAAGCCCUCGAAUAUACUAAUCGAUGCAGACUGCUUUGUCAAACUGUGUGAUUUCGGCUUGGCGCGCUCCCUCUCCCAGAUCCAAGAGGAUGUUGUGAAUCCUGCCUUAACAGAAUAUGUGGCAACACGGUGGUACCGUGCUCCUGAAAUUCUCCUUGGCUCCACUAGGUACACCAAAGGCGUGGACAUGUGGAGUGUGGGCUGCAUUCUGGGAGAGAUGUUGCUGGGCAAGCCGCUUUUUCCUGGAACCUCUACCAUGAAUCAGAUAGAGAAAAUUAUGAGUGCUAUUCCACAUCCUUUGCCAGAAGACAUUGUGGCCAUCAGGUCAGAGUAUGGAGCGUCUGUAAUUCAGAGAAUGCUGCUUAGGCCACAGGUGCCAUUAGGGGAUAUAAUGCAGCCUUCAGUGCCACCUGAUGCUCUUGAUCUGCUACAACGCCUGCUUGUCUUUAAUCCUGAUAAACGACUAACUGCAGAGGAGGCACUCCAGCACUCUUAUGUGGCCAAGUUUCAUAACCCAUCCAGGGAACCUGGUCUGGACUAUGAAGUUAUUCUUGCUGUGGAUGACGAUGUCCAGCUCUCUGUGACUCAAUACAGAAACAAACUCUAUGAGAUGAUUCUGGAGAAACGGGCCUCUCGCCAAAUGGCAAGAAAAGCUCAUCUGAAGCAGAAAGCUGAGGAAAAGCCUGGGAGAGAUGUUGGGGAAAAUGAACGGGAUAAAGCAAAUAUAAAUGAUAAAGAGUGUAAGAAGGCGGAGAGAAAGGACGGGGAAGGGGUUGGUGAAAAGAAAUUGUUGCAACACAACAAAGACCAACCUGGAGCAGGAUCAGUCACUACCAAGCCUGUCUCCAUACAAAAUCUUGCACAAGUAGCCAUCGGGAGAAGCAGUCCAGCUGCAAAUGGCAGCAUGACCAAGACAACUUACAACCCAAUCACACAUGUGUCCAAUGAUGUGGUCAGACCAUCUUGUAAUCCUUCAGUGACUGCUCAGCAUCAACAUAAUCGAUUUGGCAGAAAGCUGGUGCAGCAGUAUCAGAACAAUGACAGCGGUAGUAUCUUUCCUGUACAGGCGUCUAACAAGAGUAUAGAGCAGAGUCAGCAGCGUGGUCAGUCAGCCCCUAUGGGAGGCACCCGCUCCUUCUCCCUCGCUCUCUUACAGCCACAGAAUAACGCUCUGUUUCACAAGGAGGAACCCGACCUGACGUCAGGCCUGUGUGUCACCUCUGCACGGCUGAACCCACGCUCCCCCUCUCAGACUCGGACUACAAACCCUCCCCUCAGGUUUAGUAAGAAAGUCUUCCAGAACAACUCAAACGUUUCUUGUGCCGGAGACCCUCAAGCCAGACUGGGCAGCUACUCUCAGGCCUAUGGACCCAUCAACAGAACAGAGCUGAACAGCCUGCUUAGGGGUCGCCAGCAGCUUUAGACUGUUGGACUGAAUAUGUAAAUACAUUUAUAUGAAAGGAGACAUACACCUCUAUCUGCUGCAUGUAGGAUGAUGUCAGAUUUCACUGUCAGAUUGAACCUUGUACAGAAAAGUGAACUUCUUGCAAUAAAUGUAAUUUG